GCCAAGUAUGUCAGUAUGACUUCCGCCUAAAUUUUAUAUUAAUAUAUGCUGACGGACAUUAUGCUUUUAAUCUUUAGUCAAAAUUAAUAUGUUCCACAUUGACAUGCACAGACUGUUUAAUAACCAGAAGAGCAAUAAGGUCGUCAUUUCUGUUGAAACAUGGCAAAUCAAUAUUCAAUGGAUCUAUGAUAUUGCAAUAACGGUACAUACUAACAAUGACGCACAUUUCUCAAGUUGAAAAUCAGAGAUACAGAAACUGGGUAAAAUCCGGCCUUGGUUUGAAAUACUUAAAGAAAGGACUUGAAAAAUUUGCAGAAGAAGUUGUUAAGGAACAACACACAAACAUACUGUACAAUAUUAAACAGUUUAAACAACUGCCAUUAGUAGACUGUGACAAGUGCAAUACCACAACUAUUGAACCAGAUCAUGUCAGAACCAAAUCAAAUCACUGUCCAUUAGGAUGCAAUGACUGCAACUGUAAACAUCCAAGGGGUAAAACUCCAUGUCCACAGUAUGUAUGCGGAGCUAUCUACGACCAAAUUAUAACUUUCCAUGGCUCUACACCACCCUGUCCUUACUGGAGGAACACAAAUUCUAGUUUGUGGUGUACCAACCCAUGGGAGAUGGCAAAAUGCUUCAUCAAUUCACCAGGCUACGAGAAUUGCACAUCGGCAGUGGACACUGACUGUGCCGGGUUAUUGCAUCUUAUAAUUAACAAUAAAGCGUUCCAUUCGCAUCUGGAUUGUAGCAUAUCUAACUCAGAUAUAUUUUCCAUGGCAAGACAGAACAGGAAUGAGAUAUUGCAUUCACCUAAGAUGGAACUGGAAAACGAAGAUGUUGAGAGACAUAUUGAUAAUAUGAUCGCAGUUUUACAAGAUCCGAAGGAGCUUGUUGCAAGACCGGAGGCGAUUGAAGCCGUCGAAAAUCUUACAAAGCUAAAAACGGCAGAAUUUGUUAUUACCUCCCAGAACGAAACAGAAAUUCUUCAAGAACGAGAGUUAAUACAAAAGCUGGAAGAUGUCAAAACUGUUUUAGCGGAUGCCAUUAAACAUAAUGUACUUGCAUUAUCUGCUGUGAAAGGUGAACAAGCCAACGGACAAACUACAGAAACCCGAAAAAUAACUGAUUUUUCCACCAACAAGAAAGAAUUUCAGAAACGGCUUAUCAGUCUUUACAUGGACAACGGAUUCGUGAAGGUAUCUGCGACACCUUUACAGCCAGAACGAGACAAUAUUAACAUUAACGACGUGUACGUAGAACCAUGGAUGACAAAACAGAGACAAAUAAAUGCAAGAACAAAAGGACAGAUCGGCAAACAUGGAAGAACAGGGCAGGGUGGAAAAGAUGGAGUUUCAGAACAUUUCAUUACUGAUAAUAUUUCCUCCUUCAAAGAAUUAUUUAGUAUUGAUGAUCAAAGAAUGAGGCUGAUUUAUGUACUUGGAGAGGCAGGAACUGGCAAAAGCUCAUUCUGCAAGCAUAUGGUAUACACAUGGUGCCAAGCACAUUCCAAACCAAGCAGUCAGUUAUCUGAUAACGAAAAAGAGAUGAAAAAGUUCGAGUUUUUAUUCCUCAUAUCACUUCGUCACCACAGAUGCGAUAUGGACAUAAAGUCGAUGCUGUACACUCAAUACGAUGAUUCCAUGUUAAAUGAUAUUUUGAAAUAUGAGUCUAGUAAAUGUAUUGUUUUAUUAGAUGGUUUAGACGAAUGGCCUUUGCCUCCCGCGUCUCCGCACCAAGGAUGUCAAGCUCAAACAAUGGGAUUACCUCGUAGAGAUCUAUCUAAACAAUAUACGGUUAUAACUACGUCAAGGUCAUCAAAAUAUGAACUACUAAACAUACGUGACUCUGAACAUGAUCUAGUUGUACAACUACGGGGGAUUGACGAUUAUUCUGCAGAGCGUAUGUCAGCUCUUUUGAUAAGCAACUUGAAUGAGACACAGCAAGUCAAAAGGAAUGAGAUUGAGUUUUUCCAGUUGUUACACUCGAAUGUUACGUUAAAAGAGUUUAUUAACGUUCCUGUAAUGCUCCAACAGUUACUUUGUUUAUGGUUUGAUGGCAAAGAUCUGAACUCUAGCCGUUGUGAAAUUUAUUCUAGUAUGCUUGAGUUUUUGUUUGAGCGAGAAUGGCAACGAAAUCCUAGUGAUGGAUACAUGAGAUAUACAAAUGAAAUAUGUGAAGCCGAUAGUUAUACACUGCCACAAAACUUUGAAAAUAAAGCUAGAUGUCAAGAACUCAAGCACUGUAUAUACCUAGCUGGCAAAAUUGCUUAUACAACAUUGUUUUCUGAAUGUAAAGAAUCGCGUCUUUCUUUUGACAAAUCCGUAUUGACAGAUAUUGAGCAUGUUGACGAUGUAGUUAAAUCUUGUUUGAGUGUUGGAAUUCUUACCGAAGAAAGGUGCGUCAGUUUAAGUUUGAGUAAACCAUCGAGAACUUCUCUCUCCUUUAUUCACAAGUGCGUACAAGAGUUUUUAGCAUCUGUAUAUAUUACAAUGCGAUGUGGAAAUGAAAAUGUCUCUUCCAAAUCAGUAAAACAGUUCCGUGAAGAUCAGAAAGGAAAAGAUGAGAUUAAUCAUUCGGAAUGCAUUUUGAAUUAUUUUCAGGGAUGUAAAACUUUGGGAGAUGUCUUAGAACUGUCUAAUGUGAUGAUCUUACUUUCUGGACUAGUGCAGUCAGGAUGCAUGCAAAUUACUAAGUAUAUACUAGACGUAACAAACGGAAACAACAUGGUCGUCGGAUAUAGAUUGACAACACAAGAAUACCACAAAUGUAGAAUCGUAAAGGAAAUUCAAAACAUUGUCUCCGCUUGUGUCAAGGAAUCUGGAUUACAAGAAACUCACAUCUCGGACUUAACUAACAGAAGUCAUGUAACCACUUCUUUAGGUGAUUCUGAUUCACAUCGAAAGCAGAGUGAUAAUGAAGACAAAAGGUUUCUUUUAGGAGAUUUGAUAAUCAUAAAUGCCAGUGAUUUGAAACUGUUACAGAACAUAAAGACUGAUAAAGUUAUUUCGCUGUUCUACGCUACCAACAGAACUGAUCUAUCUAUGUGUGUUGGUUUUAAAGUACAAAAACUAUAUAUCUUGCUUGCUGAAAUACCUGAACAAGAUGUCAAGACACUGUGCACUAUAACGAAAGAAAGCAGUUCAAGUCUAAAGAGUAUAUCCGUAGAAAAGGCUUAUUAUACACCUGAUGAGCCAUUAUAUGUAACAUUAUAUGAUACAUUGAUCGACUGUCUUAAUAGGAUGAAACAGUUGGUGGCCAUACAGGUGGAAGGUUUCAAACUUUCACAUCAACAUUGCAACACAUUUGCAAAAUUUCUGAAGAAAAGCAAAUAUCUCCAUGAAAUUUUUGUCCAACAUAUUCACUGUGAAAAUGGCUAUUGUAAAACCCACAAAAUAAGUCUGCCAAAACACGAAAAUCUGAAGAAACUGUCCCUUAAUAACAGUAACAUUACAAUAGACAGUUUUAAUACGAACAGUCUUGAAAUGUGCGAUAUUGGCGGGAUAGAUAAGGAUUUCCCUGUCUGUUUAAAGAGUGCCCAGCUGUUAGAACAAUUCAAGUUUUCGUCAAUUAGCUCAGAUGAUAGUAGUAUUACUUUCCCAUCGAUGCAGGAGAAUCUAAAACAUGUCAUCCUAGAAAGUAUAAUGAUGAAAACAGAAGCUUGGAGUGAAUUUGCAAAUAGUCUCGGACAACUCAACAGUUUAGAAACGCUACAGUUAGAUUAUUCCAAUAUACCUCCAGAGGCUUUGGAAAGAGUUUUUGAACACCUCAGACACUACUCAAGUCUCAGACAUCUGUAUCUGGGGGGAGUCGAGUUAACACGCUCUCACUGUUUCACAUUUAUGUUGCGGAUGGAUCAUUUAGAAAACAUCAAUUUGUCUUGUAUUAUCAUGAGCCAGGAGGCGUGGGCGAACUUGGUGGACUGUCUGCUGAAGGUGUCCUAUCGUUUGGCGGUACAUACAUUUAGACUGAAAAUUGAAGCAGAGGAUAGGCUAACUUUUCGGCAGUGUAUUAAAGGGCGGAGAGAUGCAUUCCGAGUGAAAUAUGAAAAAGAUGAUUCCUUUGACUUCGAAAAAGUGUAACAGUCGACAUAAACUUUCUGAAACAAAAUUCUGGACAAAAUAAGGUGUUACAACUCACACAUACAAAUAACGUUAAAUAUUUAUGAAUACAUUGUAGUUUACGAAUUGUUUCAUCUUAUUACAAUAGACAAUGCUACUUACAUUACUAUGAGUCAUAUAACAAGUUGUAUUAUUUACUUGGGUACAAUAAGAUCCACAGUGACUUUUCGUUAUUGGCAUUUUUUUUUUGAAGAUUGGCUGAAUGGAUGGGAAAGUCCGCAACCGUGUAAUAAAAGAAUUUGCGGCUAUUGUUAAGAGUAUACAAAUGUAGUAGGAUUCAAAGUGACUUUGCCCUAUAAAGUUUAUAUAGUCCAGGUUACAGAGCCGCAAAAGUCGUCAAGAAAAUGGUUAUCUUACAAAAACUGUUGUUACAAACAUUUAGACACUUCGUCCAAUUGUAUAAAAAUAUCAAUUGCGAGAAUAGAUUUUUUCACGAUAUUUAUCAAAACGACGCAAAAUGAAUUUAGGUGAGAGUUUAUCCGCUUUUGUUAAAAAAACACACACUUUGUUUUAAGUGCUAAACAAAAUAAACCAAAUGAUUCCAUGUA